GAUGGCAAAGAAGCAAUCCGUAAGAAGUAGAAAUUUCAGAAGAUCUGAUCCUACAGGGGAUGAUGUUGGAACAAUUCCUUCUGAGGAAAAGCCUCAAAGUGUAAAAGAAAAAGUUGCUAAAGAAAUUGCAACCAUUGCACUACGAUCUGGAAACUCGGGAGAAAAUGGAAUUAGUAAGAAAAAAAGACAAACAAAAGAUGUGAAUAGAAAGAGAAAAGAAAAGUUGGAAGCAGCUAUGAAAGCACAAUCUCGAGAAGAGCGUCUGGAAACCAAAGUUUCAAAAGCAAAGAAUAAACACGAGAAGUUGAAGGAAAGAAGGAAGGGAGACGAUGACGAGUAAUACAGGCGAAAAUUUUAAGUAUGAAUCGUACUUUGGGUAAAGGGUUACUAUGGAUUAGGAAGUUUUGGGGUAUUUACUUUUUCUUUUUUGGUUUCCCGUCCAAAACAUUGGUCUUAUUUUGCUCUUAGAAAAUUUGGCAAAAAUUCAGACGGAUAGGGCUGGCCAUCUUGCGAUUGUUUUUGGUAUGGAAGACUGGAUUUCAUGCAGAAAAGCACAAUCUGUUUUUUCUUUCGGAACUAAGAAUUUGAUUUAUGAAAGUCUGUUUCCCCUCGUGUUUUUUUCUUGGGAUUUACUAGUAAUAUUUGAAGCAUAAAGAGCUGCGCUUUGUUCGAAUUGCAAGCCAGCUGCAGCUUCCUAUUUCAUAACUUUUUUUUAUGUGUUCCUUACUCUUUGUUUGUGAACGGUAAUAAAAUUUUUAGAGUUCAGAAUGACCAGAAAGUAGCAAACAAAAAAUAGGAAUAGAAGCAAAC